GAGGCUGUGUUUGUUCUUUGUUCCUCAGUCAGGAAGUACCUGUUCCUGCCCUCUGCCCACGGCUCUCGCUCUGGACGGGCCAAUGCCGGGAGAAUGGGGGCGCAUCCGGCAGUCUUCUGCUUCUGGGGGACGCUGCUCCUGAUCAGCACUGCAAAGAGUGAAAGCAUCCCUGGCACACUGAGUCCUUCUCCACUAACUACUAAGGAUGAAAGCACAACUCACGAUUCAUCCCCUUCCAUUUCAUCCACAAGUAACAAAUCCAAGGAGGGAACAUUGCAAUCAACGACUCUGAGUCCAAGUGCAGAAACAUCAAGUGUCGUGCACAGUAGCUUCUCUUCCAGCACGGCAAAUCUUCAGAGCAGUUUGCCCUCCAAACUUUCCACCGCCACAACUCACGGCUCAAGCCACACGGCUGGUCAAACAGGGUCCAGUCCCAGCACACCCAAGGGGAGUUCCACUCAGUCACAAGUCACAUCUCCUUCUCCUGCUCCUUCCUCGGAAGGGUCAAACAGCACGCUUGUGCCCUCUCCCUCAACCUUAUCUGUGUCUUCCAGUCGGAGCCCAACGCCAAGUCAGGAGACCUCACUUCCUGGGACAUCGGGCUCCUCUAGCACUUCUGCACCAGAAACUCCACGGACAACUACAGCGUCCAUUACGUCUUCAACAACCACUGGCCCUCUAGUUUAUUCCACCAGCCCUGGCUCACUGAGUCCUCCUGUGAAUACUGAGCAGCCAAGCACAAAACAUGGUUCAACCCCUUCCAUUUCAUCUACAACGAACGUACCCGAGGAGGGAACAUUGCAAUCAACAACUCUGAGUCCAAGUGCAGAAACAUCAAGUGUCGUUCACAGUAGCUUCUCUUCCAGCACGGCAAAUCUUCAGAGCAGUUUGCCCUCCAAAUUUUCCACCGCCACAACUCACGGCUCAAGCCACACGGCUGGUCAAACAGGGUCCAGUCCCAGCACACCCAAGGGGAGUUCCACUCAGUCAAAAGUCACAUCUCCUUCUCCUGCUCCUUCCUCGGAAGGGUCAAACAGCACGCUUGUGCCAUCUCCCUCAACCUUAUCUGUGUCUUCCAGUCGGAGCCCAACGCCAAGUCAGGAGACCUCACUUCCUGGGACAUCGGGCUCCUCUAGCACUUCUGCACCAGAAACUCCACGGACAACUACAGCGUCCAUUACGUCUUCAACAACCACUGGCCCUCUAGUUUCUUCCACCAGCCCUGGCUCACUGAGUCCUCCUGUGAAUACUGAGCAGCCAAGCACAAAACAUGGUUCAACCCCUUCCAUUUCAUCUACAACGAACGUACCCGAGGAGGGAACAUUGCAAUCAACAACUCUGAGUCCAAGUGCAGAAACAUCAAGUGUCGUUCACAGUAGCUUCUCUUCCAGCACGGCAAAUCUUCAGAGCAGUUUGCCCUCCAAUUUUCCACCGCCACAACUCCGGCUCAAGCCACACGGCUGGUCAAACAGGGUCCAGUCCCAGCACACCCAAGGGGAGUUCCACUCAGUCAAAAGUCACAUCUCCUUCUCCUGCUCCUUCCUCGGAAGGGUCAAACAGCACGCUUGUGCCCUCUCCCUCAACCUUAUCUGUGUCUUCCAGUCGGAGCCCAACGCCAAGUCAGGAGACCUCACUUCCUGGGACAUCGGGCUCCUCUAG